GGGUCCGACUUUCACAGAGCAAAGGUGUGUUUACACUACAGACUCGAUAGAGAGUAGAAGCCAAUAACAAGAUUUCUGGAUGUACUUCCGUCAAAUGUUAUCGAUGACGUGAUGACAAGCGUAUAUAUAAUGAUAUAUUAGUUAAAAUAGGAUUGUGCUGUACAGACGGUAAGAGACUAAAAACUUCAGUGUAACCGGGAAACAUGAAACAAAAACUGCGACUCAAGGUGCUUGCGCUUCUACUCUGCGUAUUUCCAGAAGAGAUUUUCUCUAUCCAGGUUACUGUUCCUGAGACAGAGAGACAUACCAUGCUGUUUGGUUCUGUCACUUUGCGGUGUGAUUAUUCUACCUCUGCAAGCCCACAGGAUGUUUUGGUCACAUGGCGGUACAAGUCCUUCUGUCUGGAUCCAGUGCUGGAGUACUACUCCGCUGCUUAUCAGGCAGCUCUGAACAUGAAGCAGGAUCCAGCAAAUGACUGUCCAGACAGCAAGCGAACAGUUCGCAUAGUGAUUCAGAAAAGAGGCAUCAAUGAACCUAUUCUGGGAACGGAGUAUCGACAACGCAAAAUCUCCAUUAAAAACAAUGCUGAUCUGUCCAUGAAUGAGAUCAUGUGGUGGGACAAUGGCAUGUAUUUCUGUUCCAUUGAUGCACCGGGUGAUGUUGUGGGAGACUCCGACAAGGAAAUCAGACUCAUUGUUUAUAACUGGCUGACUGUGCUGCUCAUCAUCCUCGGGGCUCUACUACUGAUCAUCCUGAUCGGGGUCUGCUGCUGUCAGUGCUGUCCUCAGAACUGCUGCUGUUACGUCCGCUGUCCCUGCUGUCCUCGCACCUGCUGUUGCCCUGAAAAAGCUGUCAUGCGCCACAAGAUGAUGCGUGAAGCUCAAAAGGCAAUGGUACCAUGGUUUCAUGGCCAGCCCAUCUAUGCCCCCAUUGCCUCAAAUCCAUCUUCUCAAGCAAAUCCUUUACUAUAUUCAGGCUCUUUUUCUGAACAUUCAUCCAAACACAAUCUUCCCAUGGCACCGAUGGCUAUCCCUCCUCCUCAACCUGUCCCACAAUUCGUACCUCACGGAUACCAUGCUAAUGGCAGCAUGAAUGGAAAUGUACGUGCCAAUAAUCAGAUGUUAGAUUUUCUGGAGAACCAAGUACAAGGGAUGGAUAUGGCCGUCCCGAUGCUCCAACCUCAACAUCACUACACAGGAGUCCCACUCCAAAACCUUCAGCCUCAAUACGCAGCCCAGCAACCCCAUUACGCAUCACCACCACCUCAAUCCAUUCCAGCUAGGCCGCCCAGCAUGCUCUCUGCCCUGGAUGAGAUGGGGGUCCAAGGUGUGGAGCGCAGGGUCAUCCAGCUGCCUCCAAUUUUGGGCCGACCGAAACAGAGCUCUCGGCGGACCAAUGAUCAGAGACCCCGGCAGUCAAGUCAGUCCAGCGGCAGCUCAAACCGCAACGGUGUUCAUCGUGAUGCUGCGUCUUCACGGAGAGGAAACCUGCGCAGCUAUAGUGAUGAAUCAGACUGGGACAACCGAAGGGGAGGUCAAGGCUCAUCAGGACGCAGAGGAGAAUCAAACAGAUCCCGUCCACGAGUUCGCAGUAAAGCAGAGCUGUUGGAGGAGUUGGAACAUGCGACUAACUAUGGAAACAGGAGCUAUUCAUCACCUCCUCACAGAGGAUCCUGGAGUUCAGACGAAGAGGACAGUUACAGAAAGGGAAGGCGAUCUCAAGGGAAACUGUCUGAAAAUCCUCCAGCUUACUCUUCCAUUGACAUUUUGCCUGGCCACAGCAGGAGGGGCGAACAGCUCUCGGAUAAGAGCUCUCGCAGUGGCACGAGUGUUGUGAUCUAAGUCCUUGCCUUGUCCUUCAUUUCCACACUGAGCUGUCAUUAUCCACAACCUACAAGUGAAUGCAUGUUGAACUAUCAUCAUUGGGACUAAUUAAUUAUAACCCAGUGAUUACAGCCCUGCAAGAGAUUUUCUGGAAGACUGUACGUCUUUUUUUUUAACCUUACUAUUUUAUAUUUUUUACAUCAGUUUUAGAUGUUGUGUGUGGUCAAUUUAAAAGCUUUUCUUUGUUUUAUACGGCCAGUGUAACCUUUCACUGUUUUACUGUACAUUGUUUAAUUAUUAACCACAGCAAGGUUUUUGGUAUUUGAUAAGUUUAUAUAGCAGAUGACUAAGAAUGAAUGCACUUCUGUGAAGGUUGAACAUGAGUCUCUUUGGUUCAUUUUGUUGUUCUGUUUACUUUUUAGUUAGUGUUUGUCCGAUGUAGUUUUGUUUGUUGUCUUCUUGUGGUGCUGUUAUUUGAAUUCAAUCCUUGGGAAGAUUUAUCUUUUUCUGUAUGUAUGAGUAUGCAGCUCUGGGAAAAAAAAAAACAAACACUAUCAGCAACAACAACAACAACAACAACAAUCUACUUAUGACUGGCAAAUCCAGAGAAUGUCAACUUUGAAGCGGUCUCUUGAUUUUUCUUUUCCCUGAGCUAAAUGUUUUAUUUUAGUUGUAUUUUAAAAUAAAAGCUGUAUAAUUUCAUACUCUAAGAAUUGUACCAUCAGUUUUGAAGAGAAAAUGUCUUUGUGUUUCUAAUAGGCUGAAAAGUAAUGUGGAAAGUGGAUGGAAACUGCAAUAAAGUUACCUUUUACAAGC